CGGAAACUAGAGGAAAAGAUCAGAAAAGAAGAAGAUGAGAAAAGGAGAGAGAGAGAAAAGCAGAUUGCUGAUGAACAGAUUCUGAGACUGAAGAGUGAAAUGGAGGGAAUAAUUAGAGAGAAAGAGAGAAUAGAAAGAGAAGGACGGGGAAAACUAGAGGAUUUAGAAAAGAGACUGAAAGAAGAAAUAAACAUGAGAGAAGAUCAAUUAAAGACUUUUGAAGUAGCAGUGAAACUCCUUGAAGAACAUCAUGAAGAUGAGCUAAUGAGAAGACAAGUGGAGUGGAGAGAGGAAUAUGAAAGAGAGAAAGAGGAGAUGAAGAAGAUCUGCUCUGAUUCAAUACAGAAAGUCACAGCUUACAGGAAACUGGAGACCGAAUACAGCAAAUGGUCCUGGAGUCUUCACAGUGCCAUGAUGGAAACUGAGAACAAACUACAAAAUAAAGUAGAUAAUAAAGUAAUUCAUGAGAUUGAGGAAACUGAUCUUCAAAGAGAACUGAAGAAGACAAGUGAAGAAGUGGAAAAAUCAAUGUCUGAAUUCUUUGAGAAAGACAAAGAUAAAGAUAUAAUGAUUCAGUGGAAAACGUCAUUUGAAAUCAAAAUCAAAGAGCUUCAGGAAAACAUUGUGAGAGAAACAAAGUGGAAAUUAAAUGAGAUUCUUCAGCAGCGAGACCUGAAGAAAAAGAUUGAUGCUCAGAGGACAUAUAAUGAAAACACUCUCUAUGAAAAGAGCAAAGAACUUGCCUUAAAACUCAAAGACAAAACAAAUAAUGAAACACUGAAGAAAGAGUUUGAUUUGUUUUGGGAACAGAGUGUGAAAAAGAUAAUAAAAGACACUCUAGCAAUCAAAGACAUUGACAUAAUGAGAGAUGUGAAAGAGAUCCUCAGUGACAUCUAUGAAGGAUAUCUCCCUGUAAACAACCUGAAGGUGAACAGAGAUAUUUCCUCUCUGUCAAGUUAUUCAUAUUAUGUACAGGACAAGAAAAACAUUGUUUUUAAAGAUUCCUUCAGAACAACAAAAGAGAAACUUGGUUACAGUCUCUCUAAAGAGGAAGAAGCCCAAAUAAGUUCAUUAGUCAGAGAUGUUGAACAGCAGACAGACAGAAUGAUUCAGUCAUUUAACAUUUCAAAGAUGGGAUACAACAUCAGCUACAUUCAACAACUCACAGAAUGCAUCAAUAAGAGAGUCACAGAACAUCAGGAAGGACCAGUGAAAUACAAGUUCAAGAAAAAAUUCUUCAUUCAUUUAGUUCUUUCAAUAUGUAAAAAAGCAAACAAGAUCAUCACUGACCAACACAGGAUGUUCAGAGAAGCCAAUAAUCCUGAAAUAUAUCUUAAAAAGAAGAAACAGGAGAACUAUAUUAUUUUCCAAAAACACCUGCAUGGAGCUGGAGCUGCAUCAGCUGCCAUUUUUGGUGAGAUCAUCUGUCAGAAACUGAAAGAGCCCAUUGAGCAGAGUGUCUACAAGAAGACUGCUAGAGAUCUGACAGAUUAAAUGAGAUCAAACUGUGAAUCACUGAAUGGAAACAGAUCAAAUCUGGAGAAACACAUCCUGAAGACAGUGGCUGAAAUGGAGGAUUUUGAAAAAUACAUGAACUACAUUUAUAAUCCCAGAGAUCACUUCAAGAGUUUCAUCAGAAAAGAAGUCAGUCGGUACAUCACUGAUAAGUUCAGUGUCAGUGUUUUACCCAAGAUGAAGAAGAACAUUGAACUCCUGCAGCAGAAGAUCAUGAAAGCAGCACAUGAAUCUACUAAACAUGUUCAAGUCAACAGAGGAGAUGUUGGUUUGUGGUUGAAGAGUUUCACACAGCAGCUCUCAGGUGUGCUGAUCUUCUCUGAAAAAGACCUCAGUGGAGUGAAACAUGAAGGUGUUGAUGAUUUCAAACUCCUAGAAGAUGUGAUAAGACGAGAACUUCCUGCUAUAAUGUCUGAUAUCAGCAGUAGAUUUAACACAAAGACUUUUCCUGUAAAUCUGGACUAUAAGUUCAGACCAGAUGAGCUUCUGAUUGAUCACUUCUGUCAGUGCUGUUGGGUUCAGUGUCCGUUCUGUAGAGCCAC